AUGGAUAAAUUUCUUGAAGCUGAAAACACAGUACAUUUAAAGGAUGAAAUAUUAUUAUCACCAAUAACGAAAUAUUUACUACCAACUCUUGUCCUUGGAAUGAUUUUAAUAUCCAGUGUUUAUGUGACAAUGCUAGUGGUCAAUUCGAGUGAUGACAAUUGGAUUUCAUCAUGUGAAAUUCAAUCAACUUACUAUGUAAAUUGUUUACCUGGUAAAAAAUCAAAUUACGAGAUGUGUAUUUCAAUUGGAUGUUGCUGGAGUGAUGUAUUAUCUUUCUGUUAUCAUUCAAACCCUUCAAGUCAUGGUUACACUCAAUUGUCAUCAGAUGAAAUUUACACACUAAAACCAAGAAAAAAAAUUAGUCCACUUGGCAGUAAAAAUCGUCAACAAGUGUUUUUUAAUACAUCAAGAAUUAAUGAAAAUCAUUUCAAAUUUUCAUUCAAUACAAAUGCAACAAUUGAAGAAAAAAAAUUCAUUAAUAUGAAUUAUAAAUUAAAUGAAAAUUUAAAAAAUACAGAAAUUGGUUCAUCAUCAAAUCUAUCAAUUGUAAUAAAUAAUCCUGAAUUUUCUAUAACUGUUUAUGAAAAUAAUAAUUCAAUAAAUAUUCCAAUAUUUACAACGUCAAAAGGACCACUAAUAUUGACUGAUAAUUACUGGGAAAUGACAUUAUUAUUAGGUGAGAUUGUCAGUAUUUAUGGAUUGAAUAGACUUGAAUUAAAUGGAACAACAUCAUGGAACUAUGACACUGGUAGUGGUAACUACAUACCAGCCUUUGUGGGAAUUAAUUCUAAGGGUUUUGGAAUUGGUUGUGUCAUUGAUUAUCUUGGUCCUCUUGAAUCAGAGGUACUGGAUAAAUCAAAUUUAAUUAUCCUGAGAGGCAUGUCAUUACCGGAUGUAAUUAAUUUACAUGUUUUCAUUGAAAUAACACCACUAGAUGUGGUAAAACAGAUGAGCAAACUUACAAAACAAUUAAAUCCAUCAAAAGUCACAAAACAAGAGUCAAAAUUUGAACUCGGUUUACACGUGUGUCCUGAUAAUAAUAAAAACAUACAAAAUGACAUUGAAACAACAAUAUUAAAUAUGAAUAAUUACAACGUUCCAUGGAAUAGUCAUUGUGUUAAUAGUAAAUUUUAUCAAACACUAGAUGAAACAAUGAACAAACAAGAAGCUGAAAUAUUAAAAAAUACAAGUGACAAGUUAAUAAAAAUAAAUAAAAUUGUCAUACCUCAUCUUUCACCCUUGGUUUCAUCAAGUGGCAAAUUACUUCAGCAACUUUCAAACAUGUCACUAUUACUUUUAGAAAAUUCAAUGUAUUUAAAAAAAUUUUAUGUUGGUAUGUAUAAUAAUGAUAAUAUUAUUUAUCCAAAUUGGUUUGAUGAUAAAACACUUGUUGUUUAUGAAAAUUAUUUAUUGAAUUAUUUGAAUAUAUUUAAACAACCGAAUUUUAUUUACGUUGAAAAUUCAUGGCCAAUUGAUGAAACAAAUUAUACUUUUGAUUUUAAAAAUUUCGAUUAUAUGCCAAAGAAUUUAGCGAAACAAAUGACAAAUGGAACAAUUCCACCUGGAUUACUAUCAUCAACUUCGAAAUAUCAUUAUCAACAUCACAAUGAAUAUUCUAUGAAAUUUAUAAAUUUUAUAAAUAAAUAUACUAUUGGAAGAAAAAUAAUGAAACAAAAUAAUAUAAUUGGAUGGACUGGUUUACGUGAAACUAUUAUUCAUGGAGUUGGUUGUGGUUUUGUUGGGCAACUUCCACAACCGAUAUACAUAUGUGGAAUAUUUCAAACACCCGCUGAAUUGUGUACCAGAUGGUAUGCAGCAGCAGUUGUAUUUCCAUAUAUUAUAGCAAUUCCAGAAAAUUUACCAGGUGGUAAUUGGUUAAACAAAGGAACAUCAAAAUAUGCAAGUAAACUUCUUCAAUUUCGUCAUAGUUUUUUGACCUAUAAAAAUACACUGAUACAUGAAUAUAAUUCAUAUGGACAACCAGUACUUGCACCAACAUUUAUCCAUUAUCCACUUGAAGAAUUCACAAGCCAUGCAUUGGAUCAAUUUAUGUGGGGUGAAAGUAUACUCGUGGGUCUUGUUAUAACACCAGGAAUAAUGCAAGUCAAAAUGCAUAUACCUGGUAACUUGUCAUGGAGACAUUUACAAGAUGGUCUUGAAGUUCAACCAACAAAAGAAAAUUCAAUUUCCAUUGUUGCGCUGGAGAGUGAACUAAUAACUCUCGUUCGUCCUGGUUAUAUUGUUCCACUUGAAAAGGAAUUAUCAGGCACAUCAACAGUUAAAAAUUCUUUGAUAUUAAAAGCAAAUUUAGCUUGUAUUACUGAUGGAAAUAACUUUGCUAAUGGAAAAAUUGGAUACGCUGUUGAUACAUUUUUAUAUAUAAAUUUUAAAAACAACAACUUUACUAUAAGCAAUAUUAUUAAUACCAAAAAACAAGCAUGCAUUGAUUCAUCAACACUACCAACAGUAAUUCACUCUUUUGAAAUUCUUGGUGAUAAUAUUUUUGAAGUUGACAUUGAUAUUUGUCAAAUUAUUCAUGAUAAUUACAGUGUAUUAUUAAAUAAAUGAUUUAAAUUUAUUUAUAAA